AAUAAUAAUAUCUGGGGUUUUACGUCCCAAAACCACGAUAUGAUUAUGAGAGACGCCGUAGUGGAGGGCUCCGGAAAUUUCGACCAUCUGGUGUUCUUUAACGUGCACUUAAAUCUAAGUACACGGGCCUCUACCAUUUCGCCUCCAUCGAAAUGCGACCGCUGCGGCCGGGAUCGAACCCGCGACCUUCGGGAUCCCUUAGUGCCACACUGCAGCCACUGCUGGCCUGCUACCUCCUCCAAAGAGAUGCCUUGGGAUGCCAAUGGAAGCCACCACGACGUCGUGGCCGAUGCCAUUCCCAUACCGCACAGUGAACGUCACAAUGUCAUCGAAACAAUACGCGCUUCUGGGGCAGCUGCUGAUCACCAACAGGGCAGCUCUGAAAAGAACAAAGAUGAGCCCGAACCCACACCUCCAACUAAGGAUGCCAGCACCAGGACGGACCCACAGCAAGGGCACUCGGGCCAAAACAGGUCCGAGGAUCCGCACUUGGAUUCCCAGCACUCAACACACCAAGAGAGUAAGACGAUGACAUGGAGCAAGCGUCUACGCAAGAAUAUGAAAUGUAACUUUCUUUAA